AUGCCAAUCACUUUCGACGGAAAAGAUCUAGAAGGUUUUGACUUACCGCAUAACGAUCCAUUGGUCGUCGAACUCUUGAUCGGAGAAAGCGAGGUGACGAGAAUAUUGAUCGACACUGGAAGCUCAGUCAACGUCAUCUUCAGAGACGUGUUGGCCAAAAUGGAAGUCGGCGAACGGGACAUUAUGCCAGAAUGUCACUCUUUAACGGGCUUCGACGGGGAUCAUCUUAUGUCCGUCGGCACCAUCACCUUACCAAUCUUCGUUGGGGGGAUAGCCAGAUACUUCCGGUUCGCGGUCAUCGACAAGCCAACGAUCUACAACGUCAUCCUUGGAACCCCAUGGCUCCACAAGAUGAAAGCCGUCCCGUCAACAUAUCAUCAGUGCGUUAAGUUCCCAACUUCGAAAGGAAUAUACACACUGCGUGGCAAUCAGCAAACCGCACGGGCCUGUUUCCUGAUCGAGCAUAAGCUUCGCACCGGAAAGAAAUUAUAG